UAGAAUAUAGGUAAAAAAUGACAUGAUUAAUUGACUAUCCGCAAAGAAUUGGAAAACAAAAUGAUAUCCCCUAAGAAUACGACCACACCCUUGUUCAAAUCCGUUUUCAGCGCAGCAUCAACGGCUCAACGCCACGUCAACGCCAAUGAGAACACAUCUCUGAUUAACUAUAUGCUCCCGUCACUUUCCAGACCAAAGACUGGACUUACUCUUACCCUCCAAUUCCAAAGAAGUCAUUAUUUAAGCAAAAAACAUAGCAGCCAGGGCAAGAUAUACAGACUCGAACUGAAAUUCCUAAACGCCAUGGCUAAGUUGUUGAUCAUGGCGGUUCUUGUGAUUUUGGGCACGAUGGCAACCGUUACGGAUGCGCAAGCAACUUGUGCGCAGAAACUGCUGCCUUGUUAUCCUUACCUUAUCAACGCCACGGCCCAACCUCAAGACGACUGCUGUAAACCUCUCAGAGAAGCUGUGGCUAAUGAUCUUCCCUGCCUUUGCAACAUCUAUAGCGACCCUAAUUUGCUUGCUUCUUUGAACAUCACUGUCACCGAAGCUUUCAGGAUCGCUCGUGAAUGCGGGGUCACUACUAAUCUCAGCGCCUGCAACGCCACCGCCCCCGCCCCCACCCCCAUGUCUGCUCCUCCCCCACCAGGACAUUCUGGAGGUGGAAAUGGAGGUGCUGACAGGAUAGCGUUGACUGGAAUCACCACCUUGUUCUUAUUUUUGAUCUCUAUAGCGAUGUAUUAAGGUGACAUAUUCCUUGGAAACUUUGAUGAGCAGAUGGGUUUCUCAGAUAUAAAUAAUACAGAGAUCAUUCAGAUUAGGCAUCCGAGUUUGAAUGUCUAGAGAUUUUAUUGUUUUCUUGUGUUUUUAUUGCUUGAUACUAGACUUGGUUGGUCAGUGUUGCUAUCACAUAUAUCUGUUAUUCAGUCGUAUUUAUGUCGGCAUUGAGUUCAUCAUUUUGCUCUCAGAAGUUGAAACUACAUGGAGUAGUUACAUAUUCCUUGUGCUUUCUUCGUGCCUUUGGUUACGGUAUCAUCAGAAUGAAUGUUUCCGUUUUAGUUUUGGCAUGGCCGAUACUCGAAACCUGGAAAGUUGAUUGAGAGAGUUUCAUGGAUUGAUCCUUUGAGGCAUUGAUCUCAGUCUUCCAUGAAAAUUUGCACCAUUAUCCCACGGU